GUGAUGGGUGUGGUCUAUCGGGGGCGUGGCUUCACGAGGAGCGUGUCGUCUACAGAGCAGUGCGUCACGUGACCCACCGCCCCAGCGCGGGGGCCAAGAUGGCGCUGAACAGGUUUCACUCGCUGGAGGGUCGUGUCGUCAUCCCUAAGGAAGAGAGUGUUCUCAAACAGUGUAAAGAUGUGGAGCUCUCCUUCAGCGACGUGACAGGCAAUCCUGAAGCCUUCAAAGGCACCAAAAAAGGGACACUGUAUCUCACCCCUUACAGAAUGAUCUUUGUGUCGAAGGGCAAGGAUCCUAUGCAGUCUUUCAUGAUGCCAUUUUAUUUGGUGAAAGGAUGCUCAAUCGAGCAGCCUGUUUUCUCUGCCAAUUACAUCAAAGGACAGAUUCAAGCCGAGGCAGGAGGUGGCUGGGAAGGGCAGGGGACCUUUAAACUGACUUUCAACAGUGGAGGAGCCAUUGAGUUUGGACAGCUGAUGUUCAAAGUUGCCUCUAAUGCUUCCAGCAGCGUUCCUCUCCAGAACCCUGGCUAUGGCUAUACACCUGUUCCCGGAGGGUAUGCGCCUGCUCCUGGGGGUUAUUCCCCUACGCCAGGGGGCUAUGCUGCUCCUCCACCACCAAACGGACCAUAUCCUUAUGCACCACCUCCAAUGAAUGCCUAUGGACCAGCUCCACAGCCGAUGGGAUAUCCAUACGCCCAGACUCCAGGUAUUUACCCAACACUUCCAAACAUGAACCCCGUGUAUGUGCCACCUCCUCCUCCGUACUCCGGGCCCUCUCCUGCAGGACCCUCGGCUCCCUCAGCCUGGGUGGGCCUGGGGAUGCCAGGGCACAGUGGGACCAUGGAAGCUGCUUCUAGCGCGUAUUACAACCCUGCCAACCCACACAAUGCGUACAUGCCCAUGGAUCAGCCACCUCCUUAUGCACCGCCCGAGGAUAAGAAGAACAACUAACAGAAGGAAACUGUGACCAGCCUCCCUCUUUCUUCCUAAAGACAACUUGGCUGUUCUUACCCCUUGGGUUAGCGUGUCUCUAGGUCUCUCUGUGUCUAUACAGUAUAUGUAGUGCUGGGCAGCCGAGCACCUGCCCUCCUUAAACUUUAAGUCUGUGGCAAUACAAGGCGGAACGACAGCACUUUCCUGCUUAUUUGCUUUAUCUCAUGGAUUCGAAGCACUAACCUUUUGCUCUGCCGUUGGCUUGAGGAGAGAGAUGGACUUCUUCAUAAACCACCAGUAGACCACAUCACUAAACUAGGACUAAAAUAUGAAGGCUCUGGGAUCUUGGAGUAGAACUACUUGGAAUGCCAAACUUUUGACUUCCUCUGAAGCACAGUCUGAGGGGAAUAUAGAGAGCCAUGAGGUUCCUUGCGUAGACCCUUGGUUGCCCCAGAAAAGUGUUAAAUUUCCUUAAAUUCUGGCACAGCUCAGCGUGAGAUGGGACUCUGGAAAUCCUGUAUCGUGCUGGAAGCAUGUAUUUCAUGCCCUGGACUAAAAGUCAUGGUGUGACAAACAUGGGAAAUGCAUCCUAAGAGACACUGAAGCAUUUGGCUGUGCAGGAGGGAAGGGGGUGGGCAGAGGUCGAAUGGAAAAGGAAACAAAGAUGUGCUACAGGGCAGUGAGCUGAUACUGGCAGGUGUGCAAAUCAGUCUUCCUUUCCCUCUCCUAGAAGCAGAUCCUAUCUGUGCAGUGAUCCUGUGUCAAGCAGAUGUUCUUCAAGCGUAAUGGAGUCCAGCGCUGCACAGGAGGCUGCUUGCCUUGGAGCAAAAUGUGCUACGUGAGGAAGAUGACCUGGCAGUAGCCUUGUCAGGAAACAGUCCCACAGCCCUGGCUCCCUCUGUUGAGCCAGCAUGUGCUGCGUGCUAGCUCCACAGGGGAAAACUGGCCUGGAUCUCUUCCUUGGGCCACAACAGCCAGCGUGUGUGCACCCACAUCUGAGCAGCAUGGGAGGGCAGGCACUGUAAUAGCGGUGUAGGGUUGCUUAGGGGUGCAGCGCACUUGCAGCUGGGAACUCUUGUUUGGUGUGGAUGUUGCUAACACUCGGCUCUCUCGCAGAGCCUGGCUGCUCAGCCACAACCUUUCCUCCUUCCUUAGGACGUAGUGCCAUUGACUUGCUCUGAAGAGUCUCUAGUCUGGUGGAGACCCUUGUGAUCUUUUACCUCUGAGGUGGUUAUACUUCUUCCUACAACCUUCCUACCUUCACACUGAAGGGAAGGAGUGUUUUCCUCCUUGCUUCCCUGUGUGCCAGGGCUCUCCUCUAAGUCAGGCCUGCACAACUUGCAGUGUGAGUUCCUAAAGCAGCCCUGCAUGGGGGGAAGUAAAUUUCCUUAUCUAUAAACACAUUUUAAGUCCAAGUUAGAGAUACUCUAAUAA